AUGGUUCAGACGAGUCGCGCCCACAGCCCAGCAGCCGUAGCUUCGAAGAUCCGGCAAGUUUUGAACUUGAGGACCUUCUCGGCUGAAUCUUCUGCUGCCGAUUCCGCUGAAAAUAUCGGUAAUCGCGUCUCGCGCGUCCCACCGCCUUCUCAUCGUAAAAAGCCACAACCCCGACCCAUCAACAAACGCGUUCUGUAUCAAGCUGCCAUUGCAGAACAUCGUAAUAUUAAGCACUUAGAAGAAGAAGCACGCCGUGCGCAAAAUGAACGCCGGUCUCAAAAAGUCCCACAAAGAGCCCCCAAGAAAGAUCUUGCACAACAUGGCGCAGAUGAUCCGGCCACGGAGAGAAGACGUUCACCUAAGCGUCAUAACUCAAAAGAAGAGGGACUCACAGGAGAUAAAGAUGCUGGUGGAGUUUUUGGCUUUUUGCGACAUAUGAUGAGUUCGAAGGAUCAUCAUAAAAACGAACCAAGCGAGGAGUCCCACAGACAGCAUGACGAUGGUCGGAUUACCGGGUCUACCGGGAAGGAGACAGGCUCUAGGCGUCAUCACCCCAAGGAAGGAAAGAAGGAGGACCGCGAAUCUCGAAGAGCAGAACGACGUGUUCAACGUAAAUAUGAGAAGGAGGGGGACCAAGAAGCUCGAAGGAGUAAGGCUCGAACUUCGCGUAAUCAUCACGAGGAUAUACAGCAAGAGCGCGACAAGCAGAAGUAUAGAGAGGCGGAAAGACCCUCAACGCGGGACAGAAGCAUACAUAGUCAUCAUCGACGACGGACUCGAAGCGACGAUAGAAGGACAAGAGAACAAGAAAGAGGAGCUCGACUAGUCGCAAGGAAAGCCGUCCGUCAAGCCGAGGAAGAGAGAAGGCUUAGAGAGCAAGAGCAACAGGUCUCGAGAGCCACGCAGCACAAGUCACACAGAGACACAAAGGCCGCCCUGUUUGACGCAAAGAGCUCUGCUUCUACGUUCACUGAUGCAAGUCUAUACCGGACUCGAGACGAGAGCCAACUUGAGGAAAAAAUUAAUGAAAAACGAAAGAAGGAUAGAGAGGCGGCAAAGGCGGCGUUACUAAACUAUGCGAGACGGAAGAUUGAUGAAGAGAGAAAAGAGGCCGAGCGGCAGGCAAUGGUACAAGCCGCAGAAAGGAUACUCGCUUCGGAAGUGGCGAAACGAGAAGCUGAGGAGAAGCAAGACGAAGAAAAACGGCUUCAAGAAGAGGAAGAGAGGUUAGCCGAAGAAAAGGCAAAGAAAGACGCCGAGCAGAAACAGAAGGAGGCGAGUUUCCUCAACGCAGCGGAGAAGUUGGCUAGUGAGAAGGAGAAGGAGAUGAGGCAAAUGAAAGAAGAGAUGGAGAGACAGUUAGCUGAGGAAAGGGCGAAAAAACGCGCCGAAGAGAGAGACAGGGUAGCAAGGCAGUUCAAAGAGGAGAAGGCUAAGAAGUUGGCAGAAGAGAAGGCGAAGAUGGCUUUGGAAAGGAAGAACGCAAGAAAGCAAGCUGAAGCAGAGGCAUAA